GCGGCGCGUGAGGCAUGUCUUCUCCCGCCUCUGCGUGCGCUGUUUGGCCAAAGCAGUGGAGUGGAGAGGAGAAGACAUGAACCGGCCGCCAUCUUCCGCGCGCUUCUCCCUCUAACGAUGAUUCAAAACUAUUCCAAAAUCGGUGAUCUGCAGCACAGCAAUCCUGUCGAUAAGGGCGCAUAGUGACGGAUCUCACACCCCGAGGCGCAGAACGGUGCUUCUUUGUCGUAUGGAAAUUCGCAUUUUGUUGUUGUUCGCGUGUAAAGACGCCGAGCGGACGCCGAGCUCGCAGCCUCGUCAGCUUCGCCCAUUUCGUGAUCACGGAACCAGACCGAAAGGGCGCGUGAAUGAACGCGGGUUUUUACACAGAAGCGGAUUUUACACGCAGCAGGACAUGCUCCAGAAACCUGCUUGUUUUGGCCUAGCGUCGAUUUCUUUAUUAUUAUUAUUAUUGCUGUUGUUAUUGUCAUUUCCCCUCGUUUAAAGUGCGCGUUUUAAACUGAAACGAGUGCGGAAUCGCUGCCGAAAUUCCCUCGCGCCCGUCACGUGGCUCUAUAGGUGGGCUGGCGUUGGCGAGUGCAGAAGCAGGCUGCUGUGCCCUUACUGCGGCCCUGCAUGGCUGCGAUGGCGCCCGCUCUGACCGACGCCCCGGCCGAAGCCCGCCAUAUCCGCCUCAAACUGGCUGCAGAGAGCAACGGAAACUCCACCAACCUUCUCCUGUCUUCAUCGAUCUCCCCAUCUGAUUCAGCGGGAACUAACGGCAAACGUCACCACGAGGACAACUGUCGUCGCUGCUGCAACGGCAAGGAGUCACUGUCUGAGCCACUGAGUCUGGGCAAGUUGCAGCCACUGGUGGCCUCCUAUUUGUGUUCGCAUGUUGGUCCAGUAGAUGAAGAGGGUGUCCUGAUCAAGCCAUCGGUGCUCAAGAGCCGUGGCCUGCUGAACGGAGAUCUGCUUCUACGUACUGCACUGAGUGGCGGCCAGCCAAAGAGUCUCGUCAACGGAGGAGGAGCAGGAACGGGGGCAGGAAGAGGAAGCGCGAUGGUCCCAGUCAACGGACUGGCCAAGAAAGCUGCUGUGCCCAGCACCGCACUACCUGAGAAGGGCAGUGUGGCCCCGUUGAACGGAGACAAUGCUAAGCCUCCUACCUGUGCUGGAGCUUUGUUACCUCAAUCGUCCAAGUCUGGAGAAGUGAUACCAGCUGUAUCUGUACCGAGGGCAGAUUCCAAGCACCUGAGAGAGCUGAGUGAUUUGCAUAGCAGGGCGCCAGAAGAUACAGGUGUCAAUGGCUCACAAGAGAAUCCACAGUUCAAAUCUGAAGCGCCCCCUAGUGACUGGCCCCAUGCUUGCCGGGCUGGAGCUCUUCUUGGGACAAAUAGUAAAAAUGUCCCACUUGAUGCCCCUCAGAGCUCAACCUUGUGCCAGCAUGGCUCUUCUCCAUCCUCCCCUUCCCCUUCUUCUGGCGUAGAGGCGCUAAUCCUUCGCGAGCGAGCGCAGCAGAGCCAGCGCAGGCAGGCUGACAUCUCAACACGGAUGCAGCGCCUAUGCAAGAGGCUUCAGGUGGUUCAGGCCAAGCAGGUUGAGCGUCAUGUCAAACAGCAGCUCACGGGCUUUUUGCGCCACACCUCCGCCUCCAUACAGGACUCCGUGGCCGAGCUCCUGAAAGACAGCUCCUUCUCCUCGGAGCUGGAGAAACUGCACUUAAGUGGCACCACCAGCUUGCAUGUGGCGGAGGCGCAGUUUGACUCUGAUGCCACAGAGAGCAGCUCCGGUGGUGAAAGUGACAUGGAGGAAGAGGAACUUGCCAGAGUGGAUACUGAGCAGCGGCAUGUCAAACUGUGGAGAAGAGCGGAAGGCCGCUUCGCACUAGAAAGGGCCUCAAUCAUAAGCCGUUGGACGUGGCUGCAGGCGCACAUCUCGGACCUGGAGUACCGCAUCCGCCAGCACACGGAUAUCUGCCGGCAAAUCCGCGCCAACAAGGGAUCAGUGGAGCUGGGAGAUUCCUCCCAAUCAUACCAAACCAAGACAGAAAAGGUGAAGCCCCAGCAUGCUACGGUGGACCUCAGCCAAACCAGCAGAUUUCAGAGUGACAGAUCUAUGAAUGAAUUCUUCCACAGCUCGGCUGAUGUAUCAGAUGCUAAGCAUUAUCCGUCACCGGAGAGUGGCUAUUCAGCUGCACGCGUUCGACCUCUGAUCAGCUGUAAAAGACGACGUCUCAUCCAACCCGGCAUGCUUCAGAACCUCAACAGGAAGGUACAGAGAGUGUGUUCCCUAACAAGACCGUGUGACGUGAACAGUGCGUGUGUGAUGUGUGGGGGCAGUCAGCUCCACCCUAAAGCAGAGCGACAGUUCGAGUGCCCUCUGGUGGAGGCUGUGGCCCUUCAGGACCCCAGCGUCCAUCCUACACUGUCCCUGCAGUCAGACAUGCAUCUCAGUAUACAGCUUCAAAGAGUGCUGAAGUCUCACUGGCAGAGCCGGCACAUGGAGAAAGUCAAGCCUCUGAAAAAGAUGUCGCUCAAACACAAGCUCUCGCACUACUCCUCCUCCUCAUCUGCACUAACCAAGCACAAGUUUAGGCUUUCCAACUCGCCCAUGGCUGCCAUCAGGUUCGCCAGCAAUAAGAGCCGAACAGAGAGGGCACGAAAACAGGGUGAGGCUGGCAUCCGCUUGCCCAAGGUUGACGCACACACCCCCUGCAGGACGGGGCGGCUUCUGGACAGGAGCCUCAACCGGAAGAGGGCCAGGGAGAACUCGCUGGACCGAACAGAGUCCCCAAAGCUGCAGUUUGAUACAGGGAGCCCGUAUCCGCCCGUAUCUCAGUCAAGCAUCCAACCAUCCACCCCCAGCACCGUGAGCAGACAGAUGUGUCUGCCCAGUGACAGCUCCACACCUCUGGGCCCCAGCAUUCAGACUGGCUCCUGCUCUAUGCCAAUUAGAAAGCGGAGAAGUGAAAACUCAUUUGAUAUCAACAACAUAGUCAUCCCCAUGUCCGUGGCUGCCACUACCAGAGUGGAGAAGCUUCAGUACAAGGAGAUCAUCACACCAAGCUGGAGGGAGGUGGACGUGUUUUCUCAACCCCUCGCCGAGGAAGACGAGAAUGUAGAGGUGGAGGACUUGUCUGACGCUGCGUUUAUGCAGCUCCAUCAGAAGUGUGAGGACCAGGAGCGCAGCCGCUGGAGAUGGACCGCCCUCACUCCAGCCAAGAGGAGAGGCAGCAGGUCGUACAAGUCUCUGGACGGUCGGACAACUCCGUCUCUGAGUGGAACGAACCCAUCCACUCCACAACCGUCGUCUCCAGACACUGGACACUUCCACCUGCUGCAGGACUACGGGCCUGUUCCAUCACCCCUCAGCCCUCCCAGCCCUGAUACACCCUGCUCUCGUGAUGCACACACACCCUCAUCAAGGGACUCAUACACACCUCACAUGAGAGAUACACACCGGGCGGUGUACAGCGAAGACACGCGUUGUUCGACACCAGACUGCACCUAUGAGGAGAGAACGGUGCAACCAUGGGAGCGCAGGAGCUUCCCCCUCUCUGACGACCCACUGCUGGAACCCAAAGUGGACCCACGACCACAUCAGAGAUUUAGCUGCGGGGCCGAAUCAGAGAGCGAAACUUCAUCAGCCUAACAACAGUCUCCAGCACACAGCCCCACCCAAACUGCGGGGGGGCCCAUAAAACCACACCCCUUCUGGCAUUAACCGAAACGAAAAAAAGAACUCGUAUUAAAACAAAACAAAAAAACAAUAAAUAAAUAUAUUAAAGAACUUCUGUUGUUUGAUAUUCAAACAUCAGCCAAAUAUUUUCACAGUUUUUAGUGAAUAUUAAGGAACGUAGAAACUUAAACCUGUCUCAUGAAGCUCUUUUCUCACAGAAAAACUUUAAAUGUAUUAAAAAAAAAACACACAAAACAAACAAACAAAAAAAAACAUUAAUCUUCUGAUAGUCAGCUAAACUAUGUUCUUGGUGUGGUAUUCUAACCUGUCAGGUGAACACUUUGUAGCGCACUAUGUAGCAGACAUCUCGAAGGGGGCUUGACCAAAGGGUGUUUCCCUGCUGACUAGUUUGUGUAUGCUUGUAAUGUGGAGUGAUGACCAAAACCAGACAAAAUAGGUUUUUCUCAUUAAUCUUUACUAAUAGACACAUCAAAUGUAUCUUCCUCAAUAGAGUACACAUCGUCAACUAGAAGCACUUCGUAGGACGUCUCUAUGUAUCACACAAUUCCCAUCCCUGUUGCACUCACGACUCCGGUUUCACUCCAACAUGCUCUUGUACACUGAUCUGUCCCCAGUCUAAGAUCAUUUAUGUCUGGCAAGUCACCAAUUAUACGUUAAAACCAUACAUACUUCCUCUGUAAAUGGAAGUCUUUGAUACAUCAUGUAGAAUAUUUACAGCUGGGCUUUUUAAUGAUACUUCAGUCCAGGAUGUGAAAAGAUUAUUUAAGCAGAAUUUCAAUAUCAACUGUGUCUUCACCUUUUUUUUAAUAUUUGCUCAAAAUCACUUGUGCAGAACGUUUCAUUUCUGGUCUCCAUUUACUCUCAGGUUUUACAGUAGGUGAGGUGGUUUCUCUUGAAAUGUAUGUCUUUUGCUUAAUUGUUCCUGUAUACAGCAAAUCUGGCCUGAAGUUCACACUUCUGUCACACAAAAGCCAUCACACUUCCCCAGAGUAACUACUGGCUAUGCAAAUCAACGUUAUGGUUAUAUCAUCUCAUCUCCAUGUUCUUUCUUUCUUUGUUAUUCAAUCGCAAUGCUUUUUUCUUUUUUCUUUCCCCUCUCUCCCCCCCGUCCCGUGAUCUCGUUUCUGUAGUUACACAAGACAGGCUCCAUUGUAAGUUUAAAUUGUUUGAAAAGUUGAAAUCAUUUGCAAAAAAAAACAAAACAAAACAAAAAAAGGCUUGUAAAUAGUACCAUUAAAAGAAAAUCAAACCCCUCCAACUGUUGCCUGUUAAUGACCUGUGCACAAUAGUUUCUCUCAUGUGGUUUGAUGUGAUCACUGGGGCCAUAGUGAUUUUUGCUCUCCAGAAACAUAUGGGAAGGCAUCGAAAUACAAAAAAAAAAUUCCUCAAUUCAUGUUGCUGUAAGAAUAAAUGCACAAAAAAGAAAUUAAUAGAAUAGUAGUGCUUGGCAGUUAAGGCUCUGAGUUACUGAUCAGAAGGUCAGGGGUUCAAGCCCCAGCACUGCCAAGCAGCCACUGUUGGGCCCUUGAGCAAGGCCCUGGGUGACCCUGCACUCUGACCCCAACUUCCUAACAUGCCGGGGUAUGCGAAGAAAAGAAUUUCACUGUGCGUAUGUAUAUGCGAUCAAUAAAGACUCAUUAUCAUUAUUUCAGAAUCAUAAUCAGUGUAAAAAUGCUUCAAAAAUGAAUAAUGCGAUUCAAUGGCCCAAAAGAUGUUUGAACUUAUUUGCAAGGUCUAUUACCAGUUUUCGUUCUAAUUUCAAUAAUAAUGUUGGUAAAGCCCAGAGUCCGAGUGCGUCAUGCAGAAGUAUUGAGCCCUCAGUAUGUACUAUAAAUGACCAUGGGUAAAACUGGAAGGGGGUUGGGACUGGAUCUGCCUGGUGGUUAAAGAAGGCCCCAGUUGCCCCUUGUUUAAUAUCAACAAACUGCACAUUUGGAAUGAAAAAACAAACAAAACAGAAGCAAUGCCUUGAUAUUAUCAAGCUAUUUCUAACUAUGCUAGAGGUAACCAGUGCAGCACAGUGUACCUUCAUCAUAAUAAUUACUACAUAAUUAUUAGCAGCCUUCAUAAACCUGAGCUUAAAUGUUUGUAUGAAAUAAACAUAGAUGUUCUGGAGUUCUAAAUCAUGGGUCAGUGAAUGAACAAACAAUGGCUUCUCUUGAAGAAGAGUUCAUGAGGGCUUCAUUCAUGGCAGUCUGCAGUGCAAUGCUCAGAUAUUUUCAGACAUAUUUGAUAAUCUUGCUUAUGAACUUUACAGCAACCUGCACGCCAGUGACAUGACUGAACGUUCAAACGUGGACGGUGUUAUUUACAAGCCUAACGGCAUGGUUUAAAAUUCAAACUUUCCCAUGGAAUGCUUACCCACGGUUCCUUUUUUUGCUUUCUUUUUUAAACAGUCGCAUGUAUUCCAGAGUGGAUGUGUGCAAUCAAAUAAAUGCAUAAUCCCCAUUAAAUUACUUUCAUACAG